AGCUAGCGCAUGGGAAGCCAACCAGUUUUUGUUUGGGUGCUUAGUAGAGAAUUGGCACUCGCCGGGUACACACACAAGUUGCGGAAAGAAACUAAAUUGAAAAGUAAAUAAGUAACUUGAAGAAAAACCUUUGAGGCGCAAACGCGUCAUUUGUGUUCAUGGACUGCGCUUUCAAUCGCCGCGUGUGCCUUUGUGUUAUGUGAAGAUCAUUAAAAUAACAAAAAAUUAUAAAAUUAUAAUCAGCAUACAUAAGUGUUUGUGAAAUAAAACCAGCUUCAUCUAAAGAAUUAGCGAUGAGAUCUGGUUUAUGAAAUUUGCAUUAUUUGGGAUAAGUGGAAAUGUUGAAAAAGUGAUUAAAGUUUAGAAGCGAAAUAUUCGAUCAUUAAAAAGCAAUCGAACCACCGCACACAGUUUUCAAAUUCAUCAGUGCCGCAAUUACCUCAUACUUACGCCAGUACUUACAUACGCGUUUAUUACGUUAAGCCAACAUGAUUUUCACCAACAUUUAUUUGGUCGCGCUGUUGGCCCUGCAACUAUUGCAUCAGUGCGUCUGGUGUCAACAACUGCCACCGCAGAAAUUUCAAACGCAUCCAACGCGCACAAAUGCCACAAGCGGCUGGAAUAAUCGGCAUUUUCGUAAAUCAUCAGCUGCGCCGAAAUCUGAUGAAAUGGCCAAUACAUGCAAAGAUCUAUUAACGAAUCUUCACGAUCGCGUGAGCGUCUUAGCAUCACUCGAUGAGGAUUUACGUAAACGUUUGGAAAGUAUUGAGAACAAAAUGAGUCAAUUCGAAGCGAACAACUUGGGUCGCUUGGACUCAUUGGCUCUACAGCAAACCGACUUCCUUAAGCGCCUGGACACGCUUGACUACAUGGAACGCCAAACGAAACGCAAUAUUGACGAAUUGAAAGGUGACUUGAAUGAUGAGAGAAAGAAAGAAGAAAUCGUUUUACGUUCUGCUCGCCAAACCAACGAUCGAUUACCACAGAUGAUCACUAACGAAGAGAGAAUCGAAUCUUUGGGGACGUUAUUGCUAUCGACGCGUUCGGCCGUGAAUGAAUUGAACAAUCAUCUUGAAUCGAAUAUCAGCAGAUUGUCAAACAUGGUGGCUCGCAGUCUUAAAAAUAUCCGAAGAAAUAGUGUACAACAACAACAACAGCCAAAUUACUAUUCAAACCAACAUCCAGCACAACCACUCCCAACCAGCUGCUCACAAGACGCACCCACUGUCAACGGGAUUUUGAGUAUCCAACUAACACCCGAAUCAGAACCUUUCUAUGUGAGAUGCGAGGAAGAGCUGUUCGGCGGCGGCUGGACCAUUAUUCAAAAUCGUUUCAAUGGCAAAUUGAACUUCUUUCGCGGCUGGGCUGACUAUCAAACUGGUUUUGGCAAUUUGGGUGGCGAAUAUUUCAUCGGCCUCGAAAAACUGCACGCUCUCACCUCGUCGGCGGUGCAUGAGCUUUUGAUUACGAUGCAGGACUUUGAGGGUAACUCUCGUUAUGCACGUUAUAAUCUGUUUGGCAUCGGCGGCGAGAAAGAAGAUUAUGCGCUUAAUUUAUUAGGCGAUCAUGAAGGUGAUGCCGGUGACUCAUUCACCUAUCAUGCAGGCAGCAAAUUUUCCACCUACGACAACGACAAUGACGGUUGCGUUGACUGCAAUUGUGCACAGUCACGGCACGGCGCUUGGUGGUACAACUGGUGCGACAUGAGCAACUUGAACGGCAAAUACUUCGAGGACAACUACAAUAUGACUCCUUUGUAUGAGGGCAUGUACUGGCAGGAUUUCCGUGGGCCCACUUACUCACUGCGGGCUGUGCGCAUGAUGAUCCGUCCCGUGGCCGGCGAUGGUGACUUGGAGAGGAAAUAGUUUAUUAAAUUUAUAUUAAUUACUUUAAGUGAGUGAGUGCCUACAUACGUAGUAUGCAUGUAUACUCGUAUGUAUCACUCCUCAUACGCAGGCUCUCUUACUUAUGGGUGCAUGCAUUUUUGCCAUUUACCAUUACUGAAUCACGUUGAGGUCCUGUGUUCAAAGUUUUCUGAGGGAAAAAAUAAAAAGUUUCUAAUUGUUGCUUUAAUAUCUCAAAUUAUACUCGAAAGGAGUCUCGGUGUUAACUAUGAAAUUAGUUUACUUAAAUAUGUUUAUCUCGAUGUAUAUAUGUAUGUACAUUGUUCUUGUUUUAAUGUGUGUCAAAAAGUAAUAUUUAUGUUUUUUAAUUUUUUUUUAAUAUUUUUAUUUUUAUAACUGUGUUUUGAAUAAAACUGUAUGCCAUGUUAUAAAUCAAUAA